AUGAAAGGUUUACUUAAAGAUAGUGUGAAUAAGAGAUGUUCUUUCCUCAAAAAAAUCCCACCACAUUCUUUCACUGUGCAUUUGAGUUGUAAAGAUUUUGUCCAAAAGAUCCAAAUUUUUCCCAGUGUUACAGAAAAAAAAAGCCCCAAUUCAUUCACCUGGAGCCAGUUUCAAGGACUCUGGUUUCAUGGCUGGCCCGCAGAGCAGCCGGUGGAACAGCAAGGCAAGCGUCAGAAAGCGCAGAACUCUGCUUAUUUCAGGCCUUCCAGAAAGGCUCUCCCUUCCCAAAUUCCCUCCUCUCAGCUGCAAGGGCUGGAGAAGACUCAGGUGUCUCCAGUGGGGAGAGGGCGGGAUCAUGUCCUGCUUCCUGCUAUAAAAGCACAGAGCAGCACACCCUGCUGUCUGGCUGCUUUGGUGGUGUCUUCGGUCAUGGUGUGCAGGCAGAGAGGAGACAGUGGGAGACCCUCAAGCUGGUUCAGUGCAGACUGGAGCACCUACAGGUCAUUUCCUCUAUUCUUCGCCCUUUUGACUUCGGUGAACUCAGUACGCGUUAAUCAGUUGGUGGAUCCCACCUUCCCAGGUACUGUCACUUGCUAUGAAAAUAGAAUGAUAGUGGAGUUUCAAAGCAUUCUUGCCAACAAGAUACAGCAUGCAACUGUGGUGGAUCCCCUUGGUCUUGAAAUGCUGAACUGCACUUAUGUUCUGGACCCAGAAAAGCUCACCCUGAAGGCCCCAUAUGAAACCUGUACCAAAAGAGUACUUGGCCAGCAUCAGAUGACCAUCAGACUCAUGGAUGACAAUGCUGCUUUAAGACAAGAGGCUUUCAUGUAUGACAUCAGCUGUCCAGUUAUGCAAGCAGAAAGCCAUGAGCAGCAUUCGGGAUCCACAGACUGCUUGAAGGAUUUCAUGUCUUUUACCUUUCACUUUUUUCCUGGCAUGGCUGAUGAAAGUGCGGAUCCCAAACCUCAGAUGGGAUGGACCUUUGCAGUUGGUGAUGGUGAAAGAGCCCAAACUCUGACCCUUCAGGAGGCUAUGACACAAGGAUAUAAUCUCCUGAUUGACAACCAGAAGAUAAGCGUCCAAGUGUCAUUCCAUGCCACUGGAGUGACUCACUACUCGCAAGGUAACAGCCACCUCUACAUGGUGCCUCUGAAGCUUACGCAUGUAUCUCCUGGGCAGACGAUCAUCUUAUCAUCACGACUCAUUUGUGUGUCAGAUCCUGUGACUUGUAAUGCCACACACAUGACUCUCACCAUACCAGAGUUUCCUGGGAAGUUAAAAUCCAUGAGCUUUGAAAAUAGAAACAUUGCUGUGAGCCAGCUGCACAACAGUGGGGUUGAUAUGGAAACAACAAAUGGCUUGAGGUUGCAUUUCAGCAAAACUCUCCUCAAAACAAAAUUCUCUGAAAAAUGCCUACCCUAUCAGUUCUACUUAUCAUCACUCAAGCUGACCUUUUACAUUCAACUGGAGAUGGUAUCCAUGGUGAUUUAUCCAGAGUGUCUCUGUGAGUCAACAGUUUCUAUCGUUUCAGGGGAGCUAUGUUCUCAGGAUGGGUUUAUGGACGUUGAGGUCUACAGCCAUCAAACAAAACCAGCUCUCAACUUGGAUACCCUCAGGGUGGGAGACUCAUCCUGCCAGCCAAUCUUUAAAGCUCCAUCUCAGGGGUUGGUGCGGUUUCACAUACCCCUGAAUGGAUGUGGAACAAGACAUAAGUUCAAGAAUGACAAAGUCAUCUAUGAAAAUGAAAUCCAUGCUUUCUGGGCGGAUCUUCCUCCAAGCACAGUUUCCAGAGAUAGUGAGUUCAGGAUGACAGUGAGGUGCUAUUACAGCAGCAGUAACAUGUUAAUAAAUACCAGUGUUGAAAGCCUUCCUCCUCCAAUGGCCUCAGUGAAGCCGGGUCCACUUGCCUUGACCCUGCAAACCUACCCAGAUAACUCCUACCUGAAACCAUAUGGGGACAAGGAGUACCCUGUGGUGAGAUACCUCCGCCAACCAAUUUACCUAGAAGUGAGAGUCAUGAACAGGACUGACCCCAACAUCAAGCUGGUCUUAGAUGACUGCUGGGCAACAUCCUCCAUGGACCCAGCCUCUCUCCCUCAGUGGAAUAUUGUCGUGGAUGGCUGUGAAUACAACCUGGACAACCACAGAACCACCUUCCAUCCGGUUGGCUCCUCUGUGGCCUAUCCUAAUCACUAUCAGAGGUUUGAUGUGAAGACCUUUGCCUUUGUGUCAGGGGCCCAAGGGUUCUCUCACUUGGUCUACUUCCACUGCAGUGCCUUAAUCUGCAAUCAACUCUCUCCUGACUUCCCUCUGUGUUCUGUGACUUGCCUUGUGUCAUCCAGAAGCAGGCGAGCCACAGGAGCCACUGAGGAAGAGAAAAUGAUAGUGAGUCUCCCGGGUCCCAUCCUCCUGUUGUCAGACAGCUCUUCACUCAGAGGUAUGGAUUUAAAGCUUUGGGUACUUCUUGGACUCAAGUUCUUGGUUUUAUGUCAACCAGAUGCCGUGGACUCUAAAGGGUAUGAGACUGCUGGAUAUGUUGCUUUUAAAACUAUGGUUGCUGUGGUUGCCUUAGCAGGCAUUGUGGCAAUUCUAAGCCUUAUCAGCUACCUGCACAAGAAAAGAACUAUAAUGCUAAGUCACUAAUUGGAUAUUCAAACAAAGUAGUCAACAUAAGCCUCUUUCUUCUUUCUUAUUAAAUUUAGAUGGAAUUCAAGGACUGUUUCUUGCUCUCAUUCUUCUUUAGAGAAUAUAGUACCUUUCCACAAUCCUCUGGGCAGGCCUUGUUCUGUGUGGACAUGAAUAAGGAUAUUUCUGACUUAAGUGCUUCCGGUCACUCAGCUUUUUCUGAACUCCAUCCCCCAAACUGGCAGUCCCAGAGAAUUCAAUCACUAAUGGGGCUUGAGGACAGCCCACCUCUAGGGGUGCAUUUAGGUGACUUUAAUGUCUUUUACCCCCUCCAUUCAUAUAUACAAGAUGAGGAGGGCAAGGAGUCACCCCUAGUCCUUGGCAUAACUUCCCUUCUCUACAGAGGAAGGGAAGCCAGGUAUCCCCAAGGAAGUAAUCUAGUAUCAUACUUA